AUGUUUGGAUGGUUUAUGGCUUUUCGGGAAAAUGGAGCCCCCAUACGCUAUCCUGAGCAACGAACGCCUGUGACAUUAGAUACUAAUAUAGUUGGAAUAUAUUUGAUAUUUCUUGUUCCAUCAAUUGCUUUCCUAAUAAUCCUAAGUGGAAUUCGUAAAUAUCGAAUAUCGUCAACAAUCAGCUUUCUAUUAUUAAUGUUCGUAGGAUGUUCCUUAUUAAUAUCGCUCAAUCAUCCAUGCUGGCAUCGAUCGGACACCCAGAUUCAUACACAGUUUAAGGCUUUUUCAUCUGAAAAGUUCACUGCAAACAUAACUGUUCGUGUUGGUCUUCAGUUCUUUAAUAUGUCACUCACAAGUUCGGAGUUGGAUGCCAAUGGAGAGAUUCCAUUAAGAUACAACGAAAGGAUAUCUUUCACUGAAGUGCAUGUGCUUGAGAAAGAACUUGAAAAUGCUCAAAAGAAAGGUCUACCUUAUCCCAUUCUCAAAGUUAUGGAAUAUUUAUCAGCCAAUGGCUUCAGUUGGGGCAGACAGUACCGCGUGGCUGGUUAUUAUACAAGCUUUGUUCUUCAUUUGGCUCUCUUCACUUGGUGUAUAACCUUCUUAUGCUUGUGCUUCCUACCACAUAUGUUUGCUAAGGCUCUAUUAUCAACUGGUGUUUUAAUGGUCAUCGGAAAUUUCAUAUUUCUCUCCAAUAUUCCACGAAAAAUGAACAUACGAUUCCCUACAGAGUAUGGAUCUACUGUUCUCCAAUUUCGUCUCUCUUUCUGCUUUCAUUUCAUAGCCUUAGCUGCGAUGCUCAGCAUAUUUGUUGCAUCCAUUAUAUGGUUUUUGGAAAGCUGGCGCAUAUAUCGUUUUAAAACCAUCUUCGCUGCCUGUCGUUACGCUGAAGACAGUGUAGUUGACUUCUACAGGUCUGCAUCGGCUGUCACAUCGGUUAUUUCCAUCCCGGAUAAAUUCAUAGACGAAGAAAUAAGAUAUAGGAAACGUUAA